GUCUCAAAACACACUAGAAUUUGAUCAUCGAACAUCAAAAGCAUAUAUAUACGGGCAGGCCCCCAGUUUUGGUAUUCCCACACAUUAGUAUAUAUAAAGAAUGGCCGCUAAUUGUGGUGUCAUCCUUUCAAUGACUGUAACAAUAAUGUGCUUGUUUUCAAGCAGCAGCAUGGCGGCUCGCAACCUUUUGCAAAUGCCAUCCAUUCCCACAAUACCAACUUUCACUAUUCCAUCCCUCCCAAAACCUGCUACAUUGCCUCCUUUGCCCUCCGUCCCCAAGCCGGCUUUCCCAACCGCCGCCGCUCCACCUCUUCCAUCCCUGCCGAAGCCGGCUUUCCCAACCGCAGCCCCCCCGCUGCCAUCUCUCCCGAAGCCAACAAUGCCGUCUUUCCCAAAGGUGGCGCUCCCUCCAAUGCCUAAAUUUCCUCUCCCGGCGCCUCCUCCUUCCAAGUAGAUAGAAUCGCUCCGCCUCUACAAUAUUAAUUCCCUGGUGCCAUAUAUAAAUAUAUCGGAUCUCAUUUCGAUUGGAGUUGCGCGCGCGUGAUGUCGAUCGUGUGGUUUGCAUAUUUCUAUUUGAUUUAGUUAUGGUUAAUUAUUUUUCAUUUGUGUUGUUGUAUUAAUUGUGGGCUAUGUAUUGCCUAGUGAACAUUUCGUAGUUUGUGAUCCGUGUACGUAGUUGGUUACAUUUUAGUUCAUGUGUCUAGUGUAUCAUUCAUGCGCACUAUCUCAGUUUCUUCUUCCUUUUUUCUCUCGUGAGUAAAGAAAUAACUUUUUUUUUAUCAUCAUUACUUCAUAUCACGUUACUAAAGACAUUAAUUUAUAUUUAUCGUAAUAGAUUAAGAGUAAUUCCAACCAAGACACUAAAACACUAAAUUUGGUGUUCUAGUGUAGAGUUUGCACUUCAAUGAACACACUAAAUCAGUGUAAUAUUUUGGUGCAAUGAAUAAUGGUGCA